GCACACACACAAAAUAUAAUACACACUAUCCACUCCACACACAGGCAACCCAUCAACACUCGUCCUACAAUACUUUCAAGGAAGCGAUUCGUGUCCGUUUUCUCUCCAUUCCCCGCAUGCAUUCGAAUCUAAUACGCUGGGCAUCCAGCUCUUCCGUGGGACGUCGUCACGUCGUUACCGUCGCAUCCCGCUCGUGGUGGGUCCGGUGUUUUUCCACCACUUCGUCGGGCCCGGGGCGCGGUGGAUACCGCCGCCCCCGUCCCAAAGCGAUGCACUCCUCCGCCGCCCAUCCCCACUCCGUUGCGGCGGUAGCUACCGCACCCUCGACGUCGACCGUCUGGAACCACCAACCCGCGAAAGACGCCGUGCCGCGGCCUUCCGUCGAGGCUCUCAAAACCAUAUUCACAGCCUCGGCCAUUCCCAUGGUAGGGUUUGGCUUUAUGGACAAUUUUGUUAUGAUUCAAGCCGGACAGUACAUUGACAGUACACUUGGUGUGCAGUUGGGUCUCGCCACCAUGACGGCGGCUGCUGCGGGACAAGUCGUCUCGGACGUCAGUGGCGUAGUGUUCGGAGGAACGUUGGAGCGCUUUCUACAGCGGUUGGGUUUGAUACGAUCGCCCUGUCUUACAUCAGCCCAACGCCAGUUGCCGAUCACUCGGAACGUCACCAUGGCCGGCGCCGUGCUCGGGGUCAUUGUCGGUUGCGCACUCGGAGCCUGUACCUUGUGCUUUGUGGAUUUGGAAGCCCGUGAUCGCAUACAUCACGCCACACAGUUGCGGGAUUUGGUCACCGACCUGGUCGCCGGUGGGAGUGCCGACGAAGCCGCGCUCGUCUGUGAACGCGCAACCGUGCACGUCAAGCAGACGGGCUCCUACGAUCUCGCGCACAUGAAGAUGGAACCGAACGCCCUCACCAGUCUCGUGCUUUUGGAAGACGGGUCCAACGGUAGUGCGGCGGCCAGGGAUUGUGCCGCGCAACGAGAGGUCAUUGUCGACGAGAACGGCAAGGCUCUUUACGCACCCGUCGUCAAACUGAACGGUGACGUCAUGGCGGUAGUGGAACUGCGGAAAAGCGAUCAGAUGGAAGCCUUCCGUCCGGCCGAUCUGCAUACGGCCAAGGUCAUGGGACGCCACAUUGCCAUUUUCAUGGACCGGAUCAUUGAAUCCUAAAAAAACGGCACUGCCAAGUUUUGAGGGUACACGACACACCGUAGUCGUAAGGUGGCAACUGGACGAAACAGUCCACCAAUUGUUACCCGAUUUUAACUGUAUACAGAGAAUUCUGCUCCUUUUG